AAAUGAGGACGCGGGGCCGCGUACCUUGCAGGUGGGUGGUCACACUCCAGCGGUACAGAGACCGUCGAACGAUCAAUUACGAGCCAGGGUCGAGCAAGGUUGAGCAUGUCUUGUGCAAUCACCACCAGCUUAGAAUCUCUACUUCACACAUAGAUAGUAUAGACCUUGACUCGAGGAUCCGUAGACUUCGUACAAUCAAAACCGACGUCUCCCGCCCAACACAAUCAUGGGAUUUGUCGAAUACGCCAAACUCGCGGUAACGCAUCCUACCGAACUCCGAUCCCUCAUCACCUAUGGCGUCUACCACGAUCCCAAACGGGAUAUCACCGACCCGAAAGAAUUCGAGACGAGCGGUUAUGAUCGGGAAUCGAUGAAGGAAUGUUGGAGGUUGUUGGACUUGACGAGUCGGUCGUUCUCGAGGGUGAUCAAGGAGCUCGAUGGGGAGCUCGCCAGGGUGGUAUGUCUGCAGUACCUCGUGCUUCGAGCACUGGAUACGGUCGAGGACGACAUGACGGUCGACAACUCGAUAAAGCUUCCUCUGCUCGAAGACUUUCACAACAAGCUCGACGUGCCCGGAUGGACCUUUAACGGCAGUGGACCUAACGAGAAGGAUCGAGAGGUAUUGGUCAAGUUUGACCUGGUGAUCGAAGAGUACCAGAGGUUGGCGCCCAAAUACCAAGAGGUCAUCAAGUCGGUCACGCAAAAGAUGGGACGAGGAAUGGCUGCCUAUGCCGCUCUGGCCACUCCAGAACAACCCGUCGCCGAGGUCGGCUCGAUCGCCGACUACGACCUGUACUGCCACUACGUCGCCGGGCUCGUCGGCGAAGGUCUCUCCGGCCUGUUCUCAGCUUCCGGCAAGGAGCGUGAUUUCAUCAAGGAUCAGUUGACCUUGUCGAACCACAUGGGUCUGUUGCUCCAAAAGACCAACAUCACGAGAGACUACCGAGAGGACGUAGAUGAAGGCCGAGGGUUCUGGCCCAGAGCCAUCUGGAGCAAGUACGGGUUCGACAAGAUGGGCGACCUCCGCGACGAGUCGAGAGAACAGGAAGCGCUCUUUGCGUUGAGUGAGAUGAUCCUGGACGCCCUCAGGCACGCUACGCCGGCGCUCGACUACUUGAGCUUGUUGAAAAACCAGAGCGUGUUCAACUUUGUCGCCAUCCCCGCCGUCAUGGCCAUCGCUACGCUCGAGCGAUGUUUCAUGAACCCGAACGUGUUGAAGAAGAAUGUCAAGAUUAGGAAGGGUGAAGCCGUUCAGCUCAUGAACCUGGCUGUCAACCCGAGGGAUGUCGCCUACUGCUUUGUCAAGUACGCUCGGCUCAUUCACGCCAAGGUGUCGGUCAAGGACCCCAACUUUAUCAGGUUGAGCAUCGCUUGCGGAAAGAUCGAGCAAUGGGCGGAACACCAUUACCCCUCUUUCGUCAACGUCGGAAGCUCUGGUGGCAACGUCACCUCGUCGAUCGACACUGAUUCGGGAGACGCCCGAGCCGAGAUCUACACCAAGAUCGCCGAGGACGAGCGAAGGCGCGCUGCCGUUCGAAAACAACAAGAGAUGUACGAGAGCAUGGUCGAGCGGGGCAUCAUCAAGCCUCAGAGGAACGCCGAGGGUCAGCUUGUCAAGCCCGACUUUGUCAAGAUGCGAGAGGAUGGGACGCUCCGGAACAACGCGAACAACGAGCCGGUGCCCUGGUUGUUCAUCGCCAGUAUCAUCGGGGGUGUCUUUGCCGUAUUUGCCAUCACUGGAGGGUUGCUGGUCUGGGUGAUGUUGACCUACUUCAACGAUUCCGAGUAAUGGAGAGGUCGAGAGUUGGCUUUGCUGCUCCUCCCGGGAAGCAUCGUGAGGGGUUUUCGUGGUUGAAUUUUGCAUACAUGUAAUUAUUUUACGGCCGCUAUGAUCAUUACGCUGUCAUGUCAGACUG